CUUGAAUGAGAGGAAUAUAUAAAGAUGGACAGGCCAUAGGUCCAGCACAGUGUUCUCAAGAGGAACUGGAACUGACGAGACCAUGGCAAUGAAAAUCGCUUUCGUCCUUCUGUUCGUGGCUUUGGCCGUGGCAGACAAGAUGCCCAUCGUCAACCCACCCGUGGUGGCCAUCUUGAAGAACGAACAACACACCCCGGACGAGUUUGGAAACCACAACAGCGACUUCGAGGCCGAGAACGGAAUUGAAGUCCACAUCUCGGGAUCCCAGGGAGAAAGCGGAGGCGCCAACGUCAUCGGAUCUUGGAGCUACCCUCUUGAAGACGGCAGCAAGGCCGAAUUCAAGUUUGUGGCCGACGAGAACGGAUACCAGCCCGAGUCUGACCUCCUGCCAGUGGCCCCACACUUCCCCCACCCGAUCCCACAGUUCGUCCUCGACCAGAUCGAGUUCGCCAGGCUCGAGGACGAGCGCCGGGCCCGCGAAGGACUGAGUGCCGAGGAAUAGUAGGCAGUAUUCGAGAACUAGCGACCAGUGACACUAGAAUAUUCCCCCACCUAUCUUCGAACGAAUAGUAUUUAAAUUAUUUAUUCCAAUUUAUUUAUCUCUUACAAAAUGUCCCCCCCAAAAAAAUUUAAUAUUUCCUGAAUUGAUGUUGUAUCUGGGUUUGUUUUUGGAAUAAAUACUAUUUUAUA